AUGAGCCGAAGAAACGCGAUUCCGCUCCUCGCGCUCCUCGGAUCCAUAUUCGUAAUCGCCUUCUACUUCUCGGACAUACACAAUAGCGAAGCCUGGAGAGGCUUACCACAGCAUGUCGGACUAGGAGAUCACGUCGGAAGCAAUGCGCCACCUUCGAGCUCUGGUAGCGCCGACUUGUCACAAGGCAAAAACAGCGAUCCGGACUAUGCGAAUUGGAAUCCCAAGCCCGUGUUCAAGUCAGGCUCGCCAAUGCCAGCUGGCCAUAAUUACACGUCGACUCUGGUUAUUGCGAAGACGAAAAAGGAGAAUGUGGAUUGGAUACGAGAAUUGAUGCCGGAGCAGGAAACGGCUAUUUAUGUCGCCGACGACCCGACCGCCCCGUUACACCCUCCGAAGAAUAAGGGCCACGAAGUCAUGAUUUACUUGUCAUGGAUCAUUGACAACUACGAUAACCUCCCCGACGUCGCCAUUUUCAUGCACGCGCAUCAGUUGGCAUGGCACAACGACGACAUGCUCGAGAAGGACGCACAUCUCCUCGUAACUCGACUUAGUCGACCGCGCGUCUGGAGAGAAGGCUAUGUAAAUAUGAGGUGCAAGUGGGAACCUGGUUGCCCGGCCUGGAUGCAUCCUGGCGCUACAAACGUCGACGGCCAAAAGCCAGAAGAGGUACUCCUCGCAAAGUCCUGGAGUGAGCUCUUCCCUCUCGACGAGGUACCCACCGUCCUUGCGCAACCAUGCUGCGCCCAGUUUGCCCUUUCGAGAGAACGCAUACAAGCAAGGCCAUAUGCACAAUACGUCUGGUACCGCGAUUGGAUGUUCAACACGCAACUGCCCGACUAUCUCAGCGGUCGCAUCUGGGAAUAUGUUUGGCAAUUUGUUUUCACGGGCCAAAAUAUAAACUGUCCCAAGGAACACAUUUGUCUCUGUGAUCAGUAUGGGGCAUGUUUUGGUGGCGAAGAGGAAUAUGCAAACUUCUUGGCUCUUCAGACCGAAUUCAACGACCAGAGAGAAAGGCUCAAGGAAUGGGAUGAGAAAAGCUUUGCCAUAGAAGAUGCCCGGAGGAACGGUGACGAGGAGGCGUUGAAGACGCUCGAAAUACCUCAACCAGGCGAGUCGGAGGAGUACAUGAAGGAAAUCAAUCGAUUGCAGCCUAUAUUAGAUAAGUUGAAGCAUGAGGCGGAGAUUCGGGGACAGGAUCCGCGGAAUCGAGCUUUGGAAGCGGGGAGGGAAUGGAAAGAGGGUGAUGGUUUUUAG